AUGGCUCUAUCUCUAAUCGCCCUUCAUUGGGCACUGGACCUAUUCGCUUUGCGGGAAGCGCUUGAUGCUGCAAAUGAAAAGGUUAGACUGCUAGAAGCUGCUAAUUUAAAGCUGAAUCAACUCCUUACAGGCAGCAACAAGGAGAACCGCUUGAUGAAGCGGGAGAAUGCAGAGUUGCACAACAAACCCGACGACGCAAAGAACGACCGGGAGCACGAGAGGAGACUGAACAGACGGGGAAGAGAACAAUCUUCAGAUUGUAGCCGUGAGAAAUUCUCAAUCAUGCUGCCACCAUCCACCCGUCCCCCUGUGAUUGUGGAUGAGAGAAGAUCAAGUUUGAAGCCUCCACCUCGAGAUGAGAAAACCCUAUGCGUCAAAUCGAUUGAUCUUGCCGUCAUCUUUCAACCAACACUUUUCUUCCAGAUUGGCCGGGUUUUCAAAACUCUUUGGACGGAGCCUGCCGGAGAGACCGCCACGUAG